GGGAAGGAAAAAGAGAGCAGGCAGGAUAGUGUGUGUCUUCCACAACAGUCACAACAGAAGCAGAACACCAGUCAAGGAGGACAAGAAGGGGUCUACUUGUCUCAUUUCCUCAUCAUUUAAGAGAGGGUAUUAAGCAUGUCGAAGGCAGCAGAGAGGACAGCUUCUACAACUUCUGCCGACUCUGUCGCAUCAGCUGCAUCCGUCACUUCAGCUGCCUCCGCCACAUCAGCUACAUCAGCUACAUCGGCUACAUCGGCAGCAUCAGGUAGCAAAGAUGGUUCUACAUCGGGCUCAGUCUCAGGAGCUCCUAAGAAAUCAAAGAAGUCAAAGAAAAACACAGAGAGCAUGAUCGUAGUCUACAACUCUAUACUCAACAGUGUUUUUGGAGCGGAGAGAGAAUUGGCUCAGGCUGAGUUGGAUGAGUUACAAGAGGCUUUCAAAGAGUUUGACUACGAUCAAGAUGGAUACUUGAACUACAAGGAUGUGGCUGAAUGCAUGAGGACCAUGGGAUACAUGCCCACAGAGAUGGAGCUGCUGGAAAUAGUACAACAGAUCAAGAUGAGAAUGGGCGGGUUGAUGGAUUUUGAGGACUUUAUUGAGCUGAUGGGACCCAGGAUGAUGGGAGAGACUGCUCACAUGCUGGGACUCAAGGAGCUCCAGUCCGCCUUUGUACAGUUUGACCUUGAUGGAGAUGGAAAGAUCAACCAGGACGAGAUGAAGGAGGCGAUCAAGACGAUGCUGGGGGAGAAGCUAAAGAAAGGAGAACUGGAGGAGAUCUUAAAGGAGCUGGACAUUAACGCAGAUGGAACCAUCGACUUUGAAGAGUUUGUGAUGAUGCUCUCGAUUCGCUAGCUUCUACAAGAGAAGGAAUGGAUACGCUUCUAAAUUAUUCCAUAUAUAGUGAACAUAACUAUGACCCAAUAUUGACAAUUUGUCAAUGUUUGUAAUGGGUUUGUAAAUAGGUAUAGACAUCUACAUAAUGUGUGCCUCAAGCUCUAAUAAUUGUAUGAAUGAUGGAUUGUAAAAGGAGUUGGAAAGAAGCUAUGCAACUGCAUCAAAUGUGGUGCAUGCUGUUUUGCAGAGAUAUAACAUGUA